AUGGAGAACAAUUUCAAUUCUGAAUCAUCAUCUAUCGUUACACUUCAAAGUUCUUCAGAGACAAUGGUUUCUAUUCAGCUCUUAGAUUUUAAAACAAGUUUACUGGAAGCAUUAGAAGAAUUGCGAAUGAGGAGGGAGGCUGAAAUCCAAUAUGAAAAACAGAUUGGUAAAAUUAUUAUGGAAACACAAGAACUUAAAUGGCAAAAGGUUUCUGAAUAUUCUUUACAGAAGAAAGUGAGUGAAAUGGAACAAAAGGUCCAAUUAAAUCUUUUGGCUAAAGAAGAUCAUCAUAAACAGUGGAAUGAAAUUGAGAAAUACUGCGUGGCAAUAACAAGUCAAUUUGGAUUGGUGAAAGAGGAUCAUGUAAAGUUAGAACAAAAUGUACAGGAAGCAAUACAAUUAAAUAAACAACUUUCAAUUUUAAAUGAAAAACUAGAAUCUGAACUAUGCAGCUUAAAAAAGGAACUAAAAAAAGUAGCUUCAGACUUGAUAAAGUCCAAGGUUACCUGUCAGUGUAAGAUGGGAGAAGAAAACAUCAGUCUAACAAUUAAAGAACAAAAAUGUGAAGAACUUCAGGAAAGACUCAAUGUGGAGUUGGAAUUAAACAAGAAGAUUAAUGAGGAGAUUAGCUGUAUUCAAGAAGAAAAACAGGAUAUCAUCAUUUCUUUUCAACAUAUGCAGCAGUUACUUCAGCAACAAGUUAAAGCUAAUGCUGAAAUAAAUGCAGAAUUGAAGAUACUAAGAGAAAACAACCAGACCCUUGAAAGAGAUAAUGAGCUGCAAAGGGAGAAGGUAAAAGAAAAUGAAGAAAAGUUCCUUAAUCUUCAAAAUGAGCAUGAGAAAGAACUAGGAACUUGGAAGAGACAUGCUGAAGAACUUAAUGGAGAAAUAAAUGAUAUUAAAAAUACAUUAUCAUCACUUAAAGAAACGCAUAGUAAGUUACAAGAACAUUACAACAAAGUAUGUGAUCAGAAAAAGUUUGAGGAAGAGAAGAAACUUCAGAAUGUUCCAGAAAUAAAUAAUGAAAGAAGUGAUGUAUUAACUGAAAAGUCAGAAAGCAUCAUGUUACAGAAAUACAAAUCUGGACUUGAAAUAAGGGAAGAAAAUACUAAAAGUUUUUGUUCAGAUACUGAAUACAGGGAAGAAGCAGAAAAGAUAGACCACUUACCAGUAGAAGAAACCACUACAGACGACUUACAGACUUUUGAAAAGAGCCUUAAGAAUGAAAUUAGUAUGACGGUAUCAUCUCAGAGUAGAAAUCAAAGUGAAAUCUCUCUAAGCAAAACUUUCUUCAUAGAUAAAGUUGCAGUUAGUCAAGAACAAGCUUUGAAUGUUACUGAAUGUAGAAAAUCAGUUACUACAGAAAUCAAAGACAAGGAAGAUUUGGAAAAAGGCAGUGGAUAUACAAAUUUUAAAUUACCACAGGAUCCCUUUUCAGCCAUGGAUAUGCUAAUAGAAACAGAAAAGAGACACCCACGAGAAACAGAAGGAUUAGGUCUUCAGCAUACAGAUGUGGGUGUACUUCUGGACAUGGAAAAUAACAGAGGAUCAGUUGAUAGUAUUUUAGAUGCUAUGGCUCAGGAAAAAAAUAAUAAGGAUGUUUCUCAGAAUGAAACUUGCAAACAAUUCAUAAUGCUUAUAGGGACUCAAGAAAAUGUUAUGGAGAAGGAAAAUUCAAAUAGAUACCAAAACAAAGCAGAACUGGAUUUGUCUCAAGAUGUAAAAAUGAAUCCCUCUCAGUGUGAAUAUAGCUUAAAGGAUUCAAAUAAAGUUAGAUUAGAUAUUAAACUGUAUAACAGAAAACAAAUGCAACUGUUAAAUAAAAAAAGUGAAUGCAGCACAUUACCUUUUAAACAAACUUCAAAUUUCCACCAGGUCUCUCAUGAGACUAAAGAAAAACCUGACCAGACUAUUCCUUGUGAUAUAACAAUCAACUGCCCCACUUCAUCUGCUCCUUUUGCUAAUUUGAAAGUGCUUAAAAAUUCAGAAAACAAUAUUAUGCUCAAGUUAGUGAAAACCAACUCAAGCCCUGAAGAAGGGACUGUAGGGGAAACUGUGAAUAAUACGCAAAACAGUCCAUCUAAGAACUGUUUGGGAUAUGUGGAAAACAAUGUAACCAGUUCCCAUCUUCAGAUUAACCAUGAGAGCAAAGAUUUGGAAACUUGUGCUCAUGUGAAAACAUCCACAGAAUUACAGUUUUCCACUGAAAGACAGGUUGAUGAAAAUCAGAUAACUGAAACUACAAAAAAUAGUCCUUUUUUUGUCAAUGUUAACAAAAGACAGCAUACAUUGUUAAAGAAUACAGAGAAAACAGAGUCAUUAAAUGACAUCAUUUCAGAAAAAAUGUACAAUGAAGGUCAGCUGGAAGAAUCGCAUUCAUUUCACAUAAAACCAUCUGAAGAUUUAGUAAACAGGAGUGUAAGGUCAUCCUUUGAUUUUUCUACUUCAGAUAAACAAAUUGAGAAAACCCCAGUACACAGGAAUUUAGAUACUAGUCCUUGGUCAAAAGCAAAUCAAAAUGAAAGUCAAAUAGUGAGUACUUUAACCUGUAGUAUUCCUUUGUUGGUGAAGGAGAGACCAGCAGGUCCAACAGAAAACAAAAGGAUCAUGUCAGUGACUCCUUGUAAAAAUGUUGGUAUGGAGGAUGAUACAAAGGAUAAUCAGCCAGACGCUACCAGCAUUAACAGAGUUGCUGACACUUUGACUAACUGGAGUAACCAUCCAGAUCCCCAGGGGGAGCCCAGUGAAGAGAGGAAUGCAGUUGCAAAAACUUUUUAUGAUUCUUCUUUUCCCACAGAACAUGUAAAAGGAAAGGCUCUGAUUUCACCUGUGCUACAAAGCCAUUUUCAAGCAAUCAAGGUUAAAGCUACUCUUGAUCUGGCUGCCAUUUCUGAUGAAGAUGAUUGGCAGGAUCAUGUUACAAAUCAACUAACUGAAAUUGCAAAUUUCCUAAAUGCAGAAAAUGACAACCAAUCUAAAAAAAGAAAAGCAGAAGAGAUGUUGGAAAAAAUAGACUGAGUAAUGUUGAUAAAUGCAUUCACUGGUGAAAUGAUAUGAGUGAAACACUGGCAUAAUUUUUAUUGGAGUGAAAAACUUCAUAUAAAGCUACACAGUUGUCUUGAGUUUCCCUGUUUUUUGAAUGUGAUAGUUUUGUUAUAUAUUUAUUCUGCAAAUAUAUCAAUAAUAAUUU